UUUAUAGUAGGUUUAUUUAAGAAAAAUCAGGGAUUGUUGUUUUGGGAUAAUUUCUGUAUGGCUAACCUGUUUUACUGACGAAGUCAUCAUUCUCUCACUGGCAAGAGAUGUUAGGACUGCGGUGGAACUGCUCCGCCUCGCCGCCGUCCAGCAGGUUCGCUCUCUGUUUUACAAAGUCUUCAUCGUCCUUUGCUCUAUUGCCUGCGCCGCUCCGUGCUUUCCGAGCCGCUUGCUGGAGCCAGUGCUCCAGAAGCCCAAACCUGGUCGAGUUGGAGUACGCCGAUCUCAACCUCAAGGAUUUUUAUGGCGCCGGAUGCGUGGGUCACGUCCGGAUUCGACAGCAUGUUAACCCCCUCAGCUCAUCCUUCGUUGCGCCAGUGAAGGUGCCAGAAUGGAAGCAGGUGUUCAGCAAUCCUUCGCUGCCCCUUAUGGUUGACAUCGGUUGUGUCCUCACAGGUAGCGGUAGAUUUCUCAUUUGGCUCGCAAAACACCUUCCUGAAUCCAGAAACUAUCUUGGACUGGAAAUUAGGAACAAGUUGGUCCAACGUUCACAAUUUUGGGUUAAAGAAUUGGGGCUGAAGAAUAUCUAUUUUAUGUUUGCAAAUGCUACCAUCUCCUUCGAACAAUUAGUCCCUACAUACCCCGGACCUUUAAUCUUAGUUUCAAUAUUGUGUCCUGAUCCUCAUUUCAAGAAGAGGCAUCAUAAAAGAAGGGUUGUCCAGAAGUCCUUGGUGGAUUCUGUAGUAAAGAAUUUAAGUUUAGGAGGUCAAGUUAUUUUGCAAUCAGAUGUGCCUGAUGUGGCACUUGACAUGAGAGAUCAGUUUGAUGCCCGAGCAGAUGUGUUAAAGCAUAUCGACGCUCUUGAUGCCAAUUUUACUUGUGAUGCACAAGGGUGGCUCUUAGAAAAUCCAAUUGGGAUACGAACAGAACGAGAGAUACAUGCUGAGUUGGAAGGCGCAAAAAUAUACAAGAGGAUGUACCAGAAAGUAUAGGCCCGACCUGUUACUGCUUUAGAUUUAUUUGGUGGUGCCAGUGGCAAGCUGAGGUAUAAGGUAUUGUAUCUUUGAUGAUACACUGUGGAAGGCUGUGCCACGUCUUGCUUCCAAAACGGGGUUGUCCUCAAAUUCAGUUUUUUUGUAGAAUGAUUUACAAGAGUUUAUAUCCUUCCUCAUUUGUCUUUUGUUAUUAUUAUUUUUUCUUUAUUGUGUUCACUGCUCAGCAAGGCAGUUAAUUAAAAAUUUUCAGGAAAACCACUUGUGUUCCC